GCCGUUGCUUCAUGAAUUACUUCUCUCCCCCCCCCCUUCUGCAGUCUGUCAAGGGACCACCAACAAGCUGACCCAGCUGGCCAGUGACGAGGAACACUACAAGAGCCUGAAGAGGAUGUACGAGGGCUGUGAGGUCGUGCUCAGCAAUCUGGAGAUCACCUACAUGGAUCAUUCACAUAACCUCACUUUCUUGAAGAGCAUACAAGAGGUGGGUGGCUAUGUGCUGAUAGCAAUGAACAUGGUGAAAAGUAUUCCUCUGGAGAACCUCCGGAUAAUCCGAGGAAACACCUUACACGAGGGCGCUGCACUGGCAGUUUUGCUCAAUUAUGACCCCUCAAGAGGACUGGAAGAGCUGCCUCUGAGAAAUUUGACAGAAAUUCUACGUGGAAGCAUAAAAUUCAGCAUUAAUCCUUAUCUAUGCAACAUGGACAAUGUGCGGUGGGAUGACAUUGUACCUAAAGGAACUGACCUGACGUCUGCAUUUACUGGGAGAACAGAAGACACCUUGGAGCUGUCAAAAACGAUCAAUAGAACUUGCCUCCCAUGCCAUCCCAGUUGCUCAGGAUUCUGUUGGGGUCCAGGUCCAGAGAACUGCCAAAAAUUAACGCGGACCAUCUGUGCUCCCCAGUGCUCUGGCCGGUGCAAGGGGAGGGAGCCCAGUGACUGUUGCCACACCCAAUGCGCUGCAGGAUGCACAGGCCCUAGAGACAGUGACUGCUUGGCUUGUCGCAAUUUUUCGGAUGAUGCCACCUGCAAGGAAUCUUGCCCACCUUUGCAAAAAUAUGAUUCUUUUGAACAUCAGAUGACGAACAACCCAGAUGGAAAAUACAGCUUCGGAGCAACUUGUGUAAAGAAGUGCCCGCUCAAUUGCAACUGGACCUGGCCCAAAGACCGCAAAAGGCGCGAGGAACGGCACAAAGAUUAUCAAGAGAAGAAAGGGAAGCUGCCUGGGAAGAGACCCAAGUCACCUAGAGUGCUGCAGGCUGUUGAAUUCCCCUCGUUGGGGACAACCUCAUCCAGCAACGGCGAUGAGCCUCAGGUACCUGCUGUGAAGUGCGCCAGCCAGCAGGUCCGUGAUGCUCCAGCGCAAGAAUCGCCUCCUGAAAAGGGAUCCUGGACCUUCGCCCUGGACUCCUCGUCCACCGGCUCCACCACCUCUUCUGAUCAAUGGGCAACUCCACCAAAUGUAUGCAGUGGGAUCGGAAUGGGUAAACUCAAAGACGCCCUUGCUGUCAACGCGUCCAAUAUCAACAAUUUCAUAAACUGCACCGUAAUCAACGGCUACCUCUCAUUUCUGAAAGUGACAUUUUCAGGUGACGGCUAUACCGGAACCCCUCCUGUGGAUCCAAAGCAGUUGGACAUCUUUAAAACUGUUAGAGAAAUCACAGGAUUUUUGUUGAUCCAGGAAUGGCCUAAAAAUGCCACUGACUUGAACGUGUUUGAAAAUCUGGAGGUUAUACGAGGCAGAACAAAACAACAUAGCCGAUUUGCAAUUGCCAUCACUGGUUUGAGCAUAAAAUCUCUGGGAUUGCGUGCUCUCAAGGAAGUAAGCGACGGAGACGUUGUGAUUUUGAAAAACAAGGACCUCUGCUAUGCUAACACCGUGAACUGGACCGCGCUUUUCAAAACAAACAAUCAAAAAACAAGUCUCUCCUAUAAUGGAAAUGAAACGUGGUGUGCUGCUACAAGGCAGGUUUGUCAUCCCCUCUGCUCGGAUAACGGCUGUUGGGGCCCGGGGCCUUUCCAGUGCUUCUCUUGUCGUUACUUUUCUCGCAAGCAGUGUGUGCAAGAGUGCAGUAUUCAUCAAGGGGAGCCGCGGGAGUUCAGGAACCAUUCGGAGUGUGUUCUGUGCCAUCCGGAAUGCCUAGUGGAAAAUUCAACUGAGCCAACUUGCACAGGACCAGGUCCCAACAACUGCACAAAGUGUGCUCACUUUAUGGAUGGACCUAAUUGCGUUAGAACUUGCCCUAAUGGUAUUUUGGGUGAAAAUGAUGUCUUAAUCUGGAAAUAUGCCGAUAAGAAUUCAGUGUGCCAGCUGUGUCAUCAAAACUGUACCCGUGGAUGCAAAGGACCAGGGCUUGAAGGCUGUCCCAACGGCUCCAAGGUCCCAUCCAUUGCUGCUGGAGUUGUAGGGAUCAUGUUCGGCUUGCUUCUCAUUGCGCUGGGCAUUGGCCUCUACGUGCGGAGGCGUCGCAUUGUCAGAAAGCGUACUUUGCGCCGGCUGCUACAGGAAAGAGAGCUUGUGGAGCCUUUGACCCCCAGCGGAGAAGCACCAAAUCAGGCUCUCUUAAGGAUUUUAAAGGAAACGGAAUUUAAAAAGGUCAAAGUUCUCGGCUCUGGAGCUUUUGGUACCGUUUACAAGGGGCUCUGGCUUCCAGAAGGGGAGAAAGUUAAAAUUCCUGUGGCUAUUAAGGAACUGAGAGAGGCCACAUCUCCCAAAGCCAACAAAGAAAUUCUCGAUGAAGCGUACGUGAUGGCCAGCGUUGACAACCCCCACGUCUGCCGUUUGCUGGGGAUUUGCCUGACCUCCACCGUUCAGCUGAUCACCCAGUUGAUGCCUUAUGGCUGCAUCCUCGACUACGUCCGAGAAAACAAGGACAAUAUCGGUUCCCAGUACCUUCUCAACUGGUGUGUGCAGAUUGCAAAGGGAAUGAAUUAUCUGGAGGAGCGCCGUUUGGUACACCGUGAUCUGGCUGCCAGGAACGUCCUCGUCAAGACACCCCAGCACGUGAAGAUCACCGACUUUGGGUUAGCCAAACUGCUGGGUGCAGAGGAAAAGGAGUAUCAUGCAGAAGGCGGGAAAGUUCCAAUUAAAUGGAUGGCCUUGGAGUCUAUUCUGCAUCGCAUUUAUACCCACCAAAGCGAUGUUUGGAGUUACGGUGUGACAGUGUGGGAAGUGAUGACGUUCGGAUCGAAACCCUAUGAUGGGAUCCCAGCCAGUGAAAUUUCCAUUGUCCUGGAGAAAGGAGAGCGCCUGCCUCAACCUCCCAUUUGCACCAUUGAUGUCUAUAUGAUUAUGGUCAAAUGCUGGAUGAUCGAUGCAGAGAGUCGUCCCAAAUUUCGAGAACUGAUAGCAGAAUUCUCCAAAAUGGCUCGGGACCCCCAGCGCUAUCUGGUUAUACAGGGUGACGAAAGAAUGCACUUACCCAGCCCAACAGAGUCGAAAAUCUACCGUUCCAUAAUGGACGAGGAGGACAUGGAGGACAUCGUGGAUGCGGACGAAUAUCUCAUUCCGCACCAGGGAUUCUUCAGCAGCCCAUCAAAUUCCCGGACACCGCUCUUAAAUUCGCUGAGUUCUACCAGCAAUAAUUCGACAAUGAACACCUGCAUAGAUAGAAAUGGGGGCUACCCAGUGAGAGAAGACAGUUUCAUCCAGAGAUACAGUUCAGAUCCAACUGGGGUCUACCUGGACGACAGCUUGGACAAUGGCUUCUUGCCUGCUCCAGAAUACCUGAACGAGCUAGAGACCAAAAGGCCAUCUGCUUCCAUGGUGCAGAAUCCGGUCUACAACAGCCUCUCCCUCCCUGCCGAUCCAAAAGUGGAGGCCGAGUCAAAGCAUCAGAGUUCCCACAGCACAGCGCUGGACAACCUGGAGUAUCUCAACACAAGCUUAUCUCCUUUGGGUAACACGGUUUUCAACAGCUCCCCCUUCUGGGACCAAAUAAAUCUGGACAAUCCGGAUUACCAGCAAGACUUCUUGCCCAGGGAGACCAAAACAAACGGCCUCGCUAAAGUCCCUGCAGCUGAAAAUCCAGAAUAUCUGAGGGUGGCGCCACCCAAAAGCGAAUACAUCGAAGCCUCGGCGUGACCACUGAGAGAGGCCUCUGUUUGCCCCACCGACAAGCUGGGGACACUGGUGACCAUACUGGUUGCCGCAGAAACAAGCCACGGACAGAUAAAGGAGCGGUCACAGCCACACCAGUAGGGCACACUUUCCCUUCGGGUAACAUGUGCUUAUUUCACCCAGCUUGCUUAAGACUUCUCUGACCUCUGUCUGUAUGGGAGACAACUUCCAGGGAGCAAGAAAUCGCUGUGCCGGUUCCUGUCUUUCGUAGCAAGCUAUACAGGGUCAAGCCUUUAUUUGAAUGGCAAAGACUGUGAUCAGCACCCACUUUGCCCUCUUGAUGCUGUGUAUUUUUUUUUAAAGAAAUGGUGGUUUUCGGGCGCUUUUAUGAAAUCAAGACAUCUGGAUGAUGAACUGUUGAACGCCAUUCAAAUGACACGUGGGGUGGUGGUGGUUUUGUUUUUUGGGUGUGGUUUUUUUAAAAAAGGGGGAGACAGUAUUUUUUCAAGUCUCUCGGGCAACACUCACCCAGCUCAUAAGGGUAAAGGAGAACUCGUUCCUGUGCAUUUGUCCGACUCUUUAAACACCAGCUUCACUUGAUGUUUUGUGGUACAAGAGAAAGAAAUUCUUCACGUGGGGGUUCUGUUCAGACUGUUUCUGAAAAACUGAAUUGUUGGGAGCAGACCUGGACUUCUCCUGGUACGUUGGACAGAAGGGCUUGCCCUGGAGCGUUCACCACCGAGACCACUAUUCCUGGGAAGCCGAACUCUGAAAACUUCAGACAUGGCUCAGAAAAGCUUCUGAAGUACUCACUAGACUUGUCUGUAAAAUGGUCACUGUAGAUCCAGAUUGCAAACAAACUCUCUUCUUUUCUUUUUUUGCUUCUUUUUUUCUGGUUCCACUGUUUUUCUCUAGAGUCACAAAAGAUGAGUUUCAAAAAUGCACCUUUAAAAAGCUAUAAGCAAAAAACCCAUAUUUUAAAAAAGAAAUAUCUCUACCCGCUGCCAUUUGGCACAUUUUUAAAAAAUGAAUUUAAACAGUCAGGACAUGCCAGGGCUGCAGUUUGUCUGCAGUGGCUAUGCAGGCAUAGCUGUUCUCUGUCUCUGUCUCUCUGUCUCUCUCUCUCACACACAGACACACACACACACACACACCCAAAGGGCAGAAACUGAGACAUUCUCCUGCACAAAUUCUAUACACACAAAUGCUCGUUUACAGCUCCCAUUUAUCUUCGUGAGGUUUGUUCUGGAGCGCACCCCUUUCGAUUGUACACUUUGGUCCCAAAUUCACCAGGCAAAGGGAAGGGGAAGAUGCAGAAAGAAGUUACCACCGAGAAAAAGCAUUUCGGACGUUGUCAUGCCAAAAUCCAGCCCAGAGAUUAGAACUGUCCAUGCUAGUAAAUAAUGGAUAAAUCACUAAUAAACGCACACCACUCCUAUGGGUAGAGGUGGGUAUCGAGAAUCAGUUACCUAUAUUUUAAUGCAGAAUUUAGGAUGCACCCAUGCUGGACGAAUGCCAGGCUGAUCCAGCGACCUGUAUAAACAUGCUAGGUAGCUAUGUGGAUUUAAUGCCACCUGCUGCUAUGUGGUCAGAAAAUCAACCACCAAAAUUAUUUUUAAAAUCUCUUCCCAUAACCCCGCUGGGAAGCAUUUCCUCUGAGAGCCCAACUGCUCUGGAAAGCACGGACCAGGCCCCAAAGCCCCUCAUGACACCAGAAGGAAAAACUUAACUCUAAAGGCCGAGAAGUAUAAGUGAAUGAAAUUUAAAGUUUGCCUCAAGCCAUCUGGUCUGUCAAGAAACGCAGGAUAACUUGUAUGAUCCACAGUGGCCUUUCUGUUGACUUGAUUAGGUGAAAUGGAGGAACGGCUGGAAAAGUUGUCCGAAAUCUCGGAUGGUUCCCGGGUUUGCACUU